GGUCUGGAGGGUUCCUGGCGCAGACCUGCGUGACUCCCCAACCUUUUGGGGUUCGCCUGUAUGCCGCCCAGGCCGCUGAGGCUGUGCUGGAAAAAUCGGGCACCAAGGCCGAGUCGGCUACCCAGGCUGUGUCUGAAAAAAAGUCCAUAGCGGGAGAAUCAAAGUCGUUUGCUGCCGGGAUGUUCAAGGGCCAGAUCAACACGGAGCAAGUUUUCCCUUUCCCAUCAGCGCUCAACGAAGACCAAGUCCAGACUUUGCAAGAACUUGUGGGCCCCGUCUCUCGAUUCUUUGAGGAGGUGAACGAUCCGGCCAAGAACGAUACUCUGGAGCAGGUGGAGGAGAAGACCAUGCAGGGGCUGAAGGAACUGGGAGCCUUCGGUCUGCAGAUCCCCGUCCAGUUUGGGGGCCUGGGGCUCAACAACACCCAGUACGCUCGGCUGGUGGAGAUGGUUGGGCUGCACGACCUGGGGGUGGGCAUCACCCUCGGGGCUCACCAAUCAAUUGGGUUCAAGGGGAUCCUGCUCUACGGCACCCCGGCGCAGAAGGAGAAGUACUUCCCGAAAUUGGCGACAGGAGAGAACGUGGCGGCUUAUUGUCUGACGGAGCCAGCCAGUGGGUCGGACGCGGCUUCGAUCCGUUCUACGGCUACUCUCAGCCCCUGCGGCACGUAUUACACCCUCAACGGGAGCAAAAUUUGGAUCAGCAACGGCGGUCUGGCGGAGAUCUUCACCGUGUUUGCGAAGACGCCCAUAAAAGACGGGACCACAGGCGAAGUGAAGGAUAAGAUCACAGCAUUCAUUGUGGAGCGUGCGUUCGGUGGCGUCACCAGACAGUGGUCCGGCUUUCUCUUGAGCGUCUCCGGCAUUGGAGCGCUCCCUCCAUCUCAGAAAGGGCUCGCUAGGAUCCGAGGUGCAAAGAGGGACCUUUGCCCAGCACUGUGGGUUUUUCUAAGCAGUGAGGUUGGACUCAGAACCUUUCCCGUUCACUUCGAGAACGUCCGUGUCCCAGUGGAAAACGUUCUAGGAGUCCCCGGUGGUGGGUUCAAGGUUGCCAUGAACAUUCUGAACAACGGGCGGUUCGGCAUGGCUGCGGCUAUGGCCGGCACCAUGCGCGGGAUCAUCAGCAAAGCGGUGGACCAUGCUGCAAACAGGACACAGUUUGGGGAGAAGAUUCAUACCUUUGGAGGAAUCCAAGAGAAACUGGCCCGGAUGGCACUGCUGCAUUAUGUGACGGAGUCCAUGGCAUACAUGAUCAGCGCCAACAUGGAUCAAGGAGCGACCGACUUCCAGAUUGAGGCCGCCAUCAGCAAGAUCUUUGGCUCGGAAGCCGCCUGGACCGUCACGGACGAAUGCAUCCAGUUAAUGGGUGGGAUGGGUUUCAUGAAGGAGGCUGGCGUGGAGCGUGUCUUGCGUGACCUAAGGAUCUUCCGGAUCUUCGAGGGAACCAAUGACAUCUUGCGACUGUUUGUGGCGCUCAACGGAUUCCAGAACGCGGGGAGCCAGCUGCGUGGCUUGCAACACGCCGCCAAGAAUCCCUUCGGAAACGCCGGGCUCCUGGUCACCGAGCUCGGGAAGCGAGUGCGCAGGAAAACUGGUCUGGGAUCAGGGAUUUCCCUGAAGUCUAUCGUGCACCCUAGCUUGGAUUCAAGCGCCGAACGGACCGUCCAUGCCAUCGAUCUUUUCGGGGCCGUGGUGGAGGAGCAGCUCCUGAAACACGGCAAGAAAAUUAUCGAUGAACAGUUUGUGCUGAAGCGCAUCGCCGACAGCGCGAUCGAUCUGUACGCCAUGGUGGUCGUCCUCUCCAGGGCAUCCCAGUCUUUGGAGCACGGCCAGGCGACAGCCCAGCACGAGAAGAUGCUCUGUGACACCUGGUGCAUCGAGGCCCACGACCGGAUCGUCCAGACGCUGACCUCCCUGCGCUCCGACACCACCCGGCAAUUUUUCAAGAACCUCCGGGGCAUCUCCAAAGCCCUGGUGGAAAACGAAGGGGUCAUUUCCCCCAACCCUCUGGGCAUCUGAGAGGCGUCCCCCAGGCCCUGGAGUUUGGUCCUACAUGCGUGCGCACAUAUAACACAAGCUUCUGCAGAUGUAAGGUUGACAGCCUGAAGAUCUGGGAUGAUGAGGGGCUGGAUUGGUCCACGGUUUGCUCUCCAUUCUAAGAGGGCCGGUGCCUGUUGGCGAAAGACGCCUUUUUCCUCCAUAAAAUGCCUUAAUACACACCUGCAAGCCUUUUUGCAAGAGACGACAGGCCCCACUCACACUGGGAAGUUUGAGAAGUAGCCUUAACGUUUGGUUCAAUGGGGAAAGCUCCUUCCUCCCAGAAUCCCCCAACUAAUGGCCAAGCUAGCUGGGGAAUCUUGGGAACUGUUUUCUAAAAACAGGACUUCCUCCCACCAUCUCUGCCUCGGGUUCUCUCUUUGGCUUUCCAUAUGGGUGUGGGUUUUUUCCCCCCCUUGGCACAUGGACACCCCUCAAACUUGGCUCGUUGACCCCCUACCUCCCUCCACCCCCAGCUAGAACUGUGGAAGCAACAGACGCCUCUUGAUUUUUUUU